UUUCUAGAUGAAAAAUACAAUAUUAUUUAAAUGGAGUCUUCUUCAACCCCACCUAAAACAAGAAUAGUUUCCAUCCAUAUUUGGAAAUGGAAGGAGAAAGGACCCAUCCUUCUCUGCGAAGCCACUCAUCUUGACGGACUAUGGUUCUUUCAGAAGAAGACAGCUGGCGAACACAUCAGAUUUAGCUCAAGACUUAUUUGUCAGGAUACUAGGCUUGGUACAAAAUGAUCAACAACGUUAGAAAAUGAAAUCGGUGUGUGCCACUGAUGGACUACUUCAGAAGGCCUAUCAGUUACAACCAUUACCUCGCCAGGGUACCCUGAAGCUAGUGCUUACAACAUGAUUGGGCAGAUCAUCAUUGACUUCAUGGCUGCAUUCGAGAACGACACUGAGAUGUACAUGGAAGUUGAAGAAGACACGAAGCUUAAAUACGAUAAUUUAGAAACAUUCCUCAAUAACUGGCAGAAGCCAGAAGAAGCAGACAAAAUCUACAAAAUCAAAACAGAGCUCACGGAGGUCACCGACAUCAUGCAUAAAAAUAUGGAAGACUUGUUAAAGAGAGGAGAAAGCUUAGAUGCUCUGAUGGCUAAGAGCAAGGAUCUUAGUACUAUGAGUGUGGAGUUCUACAAGAAAGCAAAGAAGAAGAACCAGAGAUGCUGCACUCUAUCCUAAGCUAACCUCUUUGUAAAUGUUAUGUGAGAAUAGCCAUCUUCAAUUGUUAAAUAGCAUGUC